GUGCAAUCUGUGGAAAUGAACAGACGAGCAUCGGAGGAAUUUAGUGGGGCUUUCGGGGAACGGAAUAUUCGCAUGCUUUGUGGAGUGAAUCCGUAGGAAUUGGGGUGAAAGGAAGGAUUGUAUCUCUCGACGAAGCCCACCUCGGAAACCACGACCACGACGACUCUCGCCGCGCAUAGGAUUUUUGUUUCACUGUGGAGUUCCCCUCUUGUUUUGUCUGCCUCGCUCAUCCUCUCUUCGAUUGCGGAGGGCUCGCAGUGGUUUGGAUUCUAGCCUGAUGGCAAUCGCUACAGCUCCAGCGCUGUGCUGCUCCGGUGUUCCGAGAGCGCCUGCUCUUGCUUCGGGUGUUGCUGCCUCAAAGUCUCUUCAAAGGACGUUAAAGAUAUCACAGGCACAGACAUGGCCAUCAUAUGUAUGCAGUCGCCGACCUUUGGUGACUGCUGAGUACAGUGACAGGCGAGGAGGCGGUGCAGGUGACUUUCUGGCCGGAUUUCUUAUUGGCGGAGCUGUCUUUGGUGCUUUGGGUUACAUUUUUGCACCUCAGAUCUCCAAGACCCUGGAAGAGGGGACCAGCGUAAAAGAAGAUGGAGCAGCUACCAAGAGGCCCGCACGUUAUUUGGAAGAUGAUGAAAGCCUUGAGAAAACGCGGCAGAACCUGAACGAGAAGAUAGCGCAGUUAAACGCUGCUAUUGACGAUGUCUCUGCACAACUGAGAACUGAAGAUGUCGGCGUCCCCAAUAAUAAUGUUGAGCUCGAGUCAGCUGCUUGAAUUGUGGUUACGUAGUAGUAAGAGAAAGAAUAUAAUUUGAGAUGAGCAUUUCGCAUGUAAACUUAACUUUUCUGUAGGUUACCUGGUUGACUGCCAUUGCCUCUCACCCUUGAUGGAGGCGGGCCCUUGACCAGAAGUGAGGAGAUCUUGUGUGAAUCUGUAGUAAUGUAAUCGGAGUGCAUCCCACUGCUGGAGUUCGGUUCUAAUAAAGUAGCUUCUAGAGUGACAUCAAUUUGUGAUAA